AUGUCCAAGCAAGCAGUCCUGACGGAGGGGGCCCCGAAGCCUCUUCCGGGCGUCUACAGCCAAGCCAUCGUCGCCAAUGGCUUUGUCUUUUGUUCCGGCCAAGUCCCCAUGGACCCAGCAACCAUGAAGCUGGUAGAGGGCGAUAUCCAGGCUCAUACGCACCAAUGUAUCAGGAACCUCGGCGCAGUUCUCCAAGCAGCCGGGUCUAGUUUGGACCAAGUUGUCGAGGUCAACGUCUUCUUGGCCGACAUCGGGGACUUUGCCAAAAUGAACGAGGUUUACGUGCAAUACUGGGGAGAGGUGAAGCCGGCUAGGACUUGUGUGGCAGUCAAGACUCUGCCUAUGAACACCGACGUCGAGAUCAAAUGCGUGGGUGUGGUGGGAAAAUCGGGUUCUAAGAUAUGA